AUGCUUAAUAUUACUUGUUUGCUCUAUUUAAUAAUUUACAAUUAUUCUUAGUUACCACAGAUAUUUACAAUUUUGUUGAAUCUAACCUAAAAUCCUGCUGACUCAUUCCUAACGGAUUCCACUAAGUGCCAACACUCAAACUGCGUAGAGGGUAAUUCCUAAACUAAUCUUGAGCUAAUUACGAGGUUAUCAUAGAUAUUUCAACCCAGUUUAUCAAGGACUUUUACGCAGUAAUCAAGGGUAUAAUUUAGGGAGAUCAAAUUAUGGAGAUUGUGAUUGUUCUGAAUCAAACUAAAAUUAAUGAAUCUGGGAAAAUAGAAAAAAGUAACCUUUUCUAAAAUUUACCCAUUCUAAGCUAAAUUCACCUGUGUGAUUACAAAUAACACUAAAUUUGUACUUUGGAAUUUAUUUGUCUCGUAAUAGUAGAAGAGUAAUAUUCUUUUUUCUUUACAAAAAAAUGAAUGUUGUUAGGAUUGAACCUUUAUUAGUUUAUAUUAAAUUAUUGUAUUCCCCCCGAUUAUUGCCAACAUUCCCUUUUGAAUAAUAAUGGUAAACUUCAAAAUUUCAGAUAGGGAGCCUCCAAAAGUCGCAGCAAUAGGGUUGUUUGAUGUUUUGCAAUUGAAAUCGACCAAAGGAAUGGUUGAUUUAAAUUUGUGAAAUAAUUGAAUUACUUGACUGAGAAAAGUGCCUUAAGAAAAUGGUUUUUGUUGUAAAAAGGUAAUUUUAUUCAAUUUAGGACAGCAUCUAAAACAUUUGAUGUGUUUUGAGGGGAUACCUCUACAAACAAUUUAAACAAGAAGUGCGGCUCGCUUAUAUGGUUAAGACUAAAAAUGAAGACAUUAAAGGUUAUUUGAAGGGUAUUUUGAGUUACUACUAAUCGAGUUUGGAGGAGGGGGAGUCUAAAGUAAACUGAAUUUUAUGUUCUAAAUAAAGAAUUCCAAAUUAUUUCUUGGAAUGUGG